AAAACCUCUUAUUACCUGCUCAGCACCGAGGAGCUGCCGACCACCCCGGGUGCUGCCAGCCCCGUGGGAUGGGGAAGGUCCUUUGCACACCAGUGAGGUGCAGCUCAGCCUCAGGGUGCCCAGGCGCGUGGUGUGGGUUGCUUGGCUUUGUCCCCUCCAGGACUGGGCCUGACCCCUCCAAUGGCUUUGGGGUCUCUCAGCAGGUACCCCAAAAGCUCAGCCAUGUCUGCAAUCACUGUCACCACCCUGCCUGGGCAUCGGCAGUUCCCAGGAAAUUGCACGCUGGAGAUGGCCCUGAAUGCCAUCGUGGAUGUCUACCACCGCUACAGCAUCCGCAAGGGUGAACUCGACCUCCUCAACUUCAACGAAUUCAACACGCUGCUGAAGGAGCAGGCGCCGACCUUCCUGGAGGCCUGUAACAGGAACCGUUCCGGCUACCUGCAGGAGCUCUUCAAGGAGACAGACUUAAACAAGGACAAAGAGCUGUCUUUUGAGGAGUUCACCAUCGUCUUGUCCAAGGUGGCUGAUGACGCCCAUCGCAUCAUGCAUGGGGAAAACAGAUGUAAACCAGAGAGCAACUGAGCUCACCUGUGCUGUGGUGUCUGGCCCCUGUGAAGGACCCAGAAGGGGCUGCUUGUAGGAAUAGGGCUGUGGCUGCUUUCUGCCUGCUUGGUUUGCUCAUGAGACAAUAAAGCAUCACUUGAAGCCCACUGAGUCCUUCCUAUCUCAGCACUCGCUUCCCAUGAAUGGGCAGGGUGGGCACCAGCUGCAGGGAGCACGAGGUUCUGCAGCAUCCCUGGGAGAAGUGCUUGCCUGAAUGGGGAACCCCAAA